AUGGGGUGUGGUGCGUCUUCUACUCAGUCAGAAGAUGGCAUGCACGAACCCAUACCCCCUAUGGAAAUGGUGCGCAAGCAAAUUGCAGCCGCUCAACCAGAGCAAAACGGAGUUAAGGAGGGUCAAUCGAGUAAAAAGAAAAGAAGUGGUGAUGAUCCCCCUGACGAGUUUGAGGAACUGACAGUAACCGCACUUCCACAGCGGUGGCAACGGGACUCGACCUACAAGUGCGGGUAUCCCAUGAUCACGGGCGACGAAGUGAAACCAUGCUUUGAAAAGGGUUUAUUAUACCGUAUUGUGAAGGGUGACACAUGGGCAUUCUACAAUGAUACGCGCACGUACGAGAUGUGUGUUUCCUUCACCUUCGGAAGGGAUUCGACGGUGCGUGGUAUGGGCAACACUGUCAUCACCAACCUGGAAGGCGGGGAAAUCCUUGCAGAGGCCUCAAUAUACCCCUGUGAGACGGCCAUAUUUGUGAGAGGGAGAUUCAGCGGAUUCCGGAGUAAGAUAAAGGCACAGCCUCUCUCUGACGAGAUUCUGAAGGCAAAGGUUAAACAAUACGACAAGUACAUACAAGAAGAUUUGGCGAGGGUUAAUGCUAUGAUCAAUGAGAAUGAUACCGAUGACGCUAUUCUUGCGAAGUGUGUUGAAGGACCCACACCUUUCAUUGACAUUAGGUUUCCCCCCAACCAAACUUCCAUUGAGCGCGGUGCCGUGUUGCCCAUCAUGACGAUUCCAUGGGCUCGUCCCGACAUGUACCUCCCUUUAGGUUUUCCUCCCCAAGUCCGCCUAUUCCGCAGUGCAAUCAGUACUGUGAACAUUGAACAGGGAGAUCUUGGGGACUACUGGAUUAUGUGCGCAAUCGCCUCCCUUGAGGAUGAUACGGAACGGUUGCGUGGGAUGUUCAGACAUCCUGUCUCAUGUGAAAAAACGGCUAAAGAGCGCGCGGUAGGGGCUUAUCGCGUCACGCUUAACAAAAGUGGAUGGUGGCAUUCCGUAAUUGUGGACGAUUAUCUUCCCGUAGUUGGAAACAGACCGAAGUUUGCGCAGUCCCUGAGUGACCCGUGUGAGGUGUGGGUUUCUAUUCUUCAAAAGGCCUACGCAAAGGUGCAUGGAAGCUACGUGAAUAUUGUUGCAGGUGAUCCACUACACGCGUUGCAGGAUUUCACAGGCUACAUAUCGUCGAGGUAUGACUACAUACUUGAUCCGGAACCGGGCCUCGAAGAGAAUGAAAUAUUAGAGCGGUUAGAGAAGUAUGACCAGCAAGGUUUCAAAAUUAUCCUUAGUACCCACAAUGCAAAGACAGAUAACCCAAAUGUGGAUGAAACAUACAGGGAGGUGGGCCUGCUGGCAGGUCACGCAUACCCGGUAAAAGCCGUUCGUUACUUCGCUAGUGAAAAUAUUGCCCUGCUGCAGAUACGCAAUCCGUGGUGUCGCGAAACCGAGUGGAAGGGUGAGUGGGCCAAUGGCAACGCGGAGUGGAAGUCCCACCCAGAAAUAGCAAAAGCCUGUGAAAUAAAUGCGCAGGACGGUAGUUCCUUUUGGAUGUCCUGGGGGGAUGUACAGAAGUACUUCAAUGGAUGUGGUGUUCUUUUCCGCUACCCGAGGAGCGUUGACUAUCGUGUUCGUGGUGUCUUCCGAGGCGACAUUCCCAGUGUGUCCAUCCUCAUCAGCGUAAACAAAACAAUAUCAUUAGUCUGCUCUCUCACUCAAGAGGACCGCCGAGGAACGAAGAUGGCGGACGAUUAUCCCCCAAUUAUGUUAAGUUUGUGUGGUGGUGAUCGCCUCUCCGACGAUAUGGAGGUGGAAAAGAGCACCACUACGGAAGCGGACUACCCCGGCGAAGACUUAACUUUCGUCCACAGCCGUGAUGUUGGUAUGAUGUGCACGCUUACGCCCUUCAAGUCACCGUAUUUAUUGGUGCCACGCAUCAUUACAGGACGUGAUGAGGAGCACCCGUAUGUUAUCGGACUGUUGUCUGAAGCGGAAUUUGGUGCAGACCUGAAAGCAGAGUUCUUCAGCGUCCCAGCGAACUGCGAGGUCUUCCGGAACGCCAAGUCGUUUGCCUUCCAAGGAGAUGUGGUGGAGGCGAAAUUCCAAGUGCGCACGCCGGAUUGUCGUUUUCCCACGGAGUAUAACAGCACUGUGAUAGUAAAGGCCAAGAAGGGCGACUGGUAUGUGGAAAAUAAAAAAAAGUAA